AUGGCCACCAAGACGGUAGUCAUCCUCGGUGCCGGCUUCACAGGCCUGCCCCUAGCACACAAGCUUCUGAUCUACACGGCCCCGAAAACCAAGCUGAAAGUCAUCCUCGUCUCGCCCAGCUCAAAGUUCUACUGGAACCUCGCCGCAACACGGGGCGUCAUCCCCGGUGCAAUUCCCGACGACCAGCUAUUCAUACCCAUUGAGCCUGCCCUUUCCCGCCAUCCGUCAGAGGGCUGGGACUUUGUCCUCGGCAAGGCUACUUCCAUUAUGCCCGAGACCAACAGUGUCGAUGUCGUCUUGAACAGCGGUGACCAACAGACCAUAGCGUACGACCAGCUCGUCAUCGCCACCGGCUCGCAUGUCAGUGGAGGGUCUCUUCCUUUCAAACUGAUCGGCACCGCAGACGAGACUGUCGCCGCUCUUCAUACACUACAGGAACGCAUUGGUGCAGCAAAGUCUGUUGUAGUGGCAGGUUCUGGGCCCACGGGCGUCGAGGCCGCUGGCGAGCUGGCCGCCUUCUAUGGUCGCACCAAGGCAAUCACCCUCGUCAGCGCCAGCGAGCAUGUCCUCGCGGGGUCAAACGUGUCUGCAGCGCUAGCCAACACGGUCGAGCAGGAUCUGCGCAAGCUCGGCGUCAAGGUCCUGGCCAACACCAAGGUGGUCGAGAUCCGAGGAGUGGCAGAAGGCGAAAAGGACGGUGAAUUUAGUGAGGGCAGCAUUGUCCUGACCCUGUCCAGCGGCUCAACCCUCACAGCAGACGUGUACCUCCCACUUUUCGGUGUCCGACCAAACACCGACUUAGUCCCACCGCAACUCCUCGACGAGGCGGGAAAUGUCAAGCUCGAGAAGACGACGAUGCGCGUCAUCGGCACUGACAACAUCUGGGGCAUCGGUGACAUCGGGGAUCUCGAGCCAAAGCAGGUGACCAACACGGACGCGCAAAUUACAUUCCUCGCCGACGCACUGGAUCAGGUUCUCACAGGAAAUGGCCAAGGGGCGGCAGCCGCAAAGUCGCCGGCCAAGGAGUACAAGCCACUGGACAAGACCAUGAUUUUUCUGUCGCUGGGGCCCAAGUACGGGACCGGUCAGGUCGGGGGAUGGAAGCUCUGGGGCUGGAUGGUGAACUACGUCAAGGGCCGCAGGAUUUUCGUGGACACCGCGCCAGACUAUGUGGCGGGGAGAAAGCUUAGGCAUGCCUCGAUGUGA